GCAAUAAACACAGAGCAAGCAAAAAAGAUAAAAAACAAGUGAAAAGCAACAAAGCGCAGAGCAUGGAACGCCAACUGUUUGCCAAGUUGUCCUGGCUGCUGCUCUGGCUGCUGCUCUGCUGCAGCCUGGCGCUGGGCGAGGAGCAGCAGCAUCAGCAUCGCCAUCAACACGCCGCCAGCACCAGCGCGCCAGCAACACACGCGCGACGUAAUCAGCAGCAGCGUUUGCUGCAGCUGCAACAGGCGCAACAAACUGGGGAAGGCAGCUUUGAAUUGGAAGCGGCGCAGCAGCAGCGACGCCAUCAUUUGCGACAUGAGCAACAUAUGCGCGCCGAGCUGGCCGCAAGCAAUCGACAGCCGCCAGUGUCGUCCAAGCUGCAGCUGGAGCAGCUGCCAGCGUCUGGACAGCAGCAGCAUCACUUGCGUCAUCACAAUCGACAUCAUGCUGCCUGGCAGCAGCGCGUGUUUCCAACGCUGCAGCAGCAGCAGACAACAGCAGCAGCAACCACAACAACAACAACUGAUGCGCCUUUGCGUCAAGCGCUGAGCAACUACAGCAGUCGCUACUUUGAUCGCGAUGGGAUUUAUCCAGCCUGGACACAAGCGCAUUCAACACGCUCGCCCAACUGGCAACAGCAGUUGAUAGACAGCGAUGAGGAUGCUGAUGACGACGACACCGAUGAGGAUGAGGAUGAAAACUAUGAGGACGACAUUGAUGUUGCUGCUGCUGCUGAGCUGGCCAAGCAAAUGCCGCGCUACUCGCUCUUCAGUCAGCAGCUGCCCAGCAUUAGCAGCACGGAGCAGGACUAUGAAGCCGAUGAGCAAGUCUCGAGCAGCAACAAGCAUCCCAGCAUUGCCAAUGCGGAGCCCAAGGCAGCAGCCAAGCGCAACAUAUUCGAUUGGAUCUUCAAGCGCGACAAGCACAAGCAGCAAACUACAACUGAAAAGCCCGAGCCGCUGCAUAGCGAGUCCUACAGCAAUGAGCAGUGGAAUAAGCUGGAGCACGAGUCGCAUUUGCAGCAGCAGCAGCAGCAGCAUCAAAAGCAGCUCGAAGCUUUGCGCGCCAGCAGCAACAACAAGCACACGCCAUUGAUAAGAGGAGCAGGGCCAAUGAGCCGCAGCGCCAUCGCCAUUGAUAAUGAGCAUUCGGACAACAGUUAUACGCACAAAAGAAUCGGCGCACUGACACGUCACAAGGAGAAGGAGCUGGGCGCACAGGAUGCGGUCUAUAGACAUCGCAACUGGUACGAGGAUGCAGACAAGGCCAAGUCACACUUGAGUUGGGUGCAGCGCGAGGGGCAAUGCCGCGUGCCCCAGCGACGUUGCGUCUCUGUCGAAAACGAUCCGGCCAAGAUUUACUAUCCACACUGCACUAUUCUCUACAGAUGCAGCGCCGACAGCGGCUGUUGCUUCGAUCGCACACAGAUCUGUGCGCCCAAGAGCGUUACCAAAGUGCAGCAGGUUAUACAUGUCAAGGCAUCGCAUGAGCGUCGCAGCAGCUACGAAACUUUGAGCUUCGAUAAUCACACCGAAUGUCAUUGCAUUGAUCGCAUUAGUCUGGCCAAAGAUGUGAGCGCUACCAAAAUGCUGCAAAAUGUUAUCGCUUUGAACUGCAAGUGUCCGCGGCUAUUCGAGAAAAUACUGCAGGACGAUGGACAAUGCCGCUGCGACUGCACAUCGGGCAACGAUAGCUGCGAGCGUUUGAAGCGCGGAGGCGAACACUUUGCCAUAAAUGACAGAAAAUGCAUACAGCAAGGACUUUGCAAGGCGCCCGCUUGUCAGUUUGGCGUUUAUAUGGAACGACAUGGCCGCUGUCCCAUUGAGUAUGAGCCACAGCAUAAUGCUAGAUACACCAAUACCAACAGCAUAUCGUAAAUCGACACACACACACACACACACACACACACUUGUCUGUGUAGCCAGACGCCAUAAGUAUUAGUAUUAGCAAACUGUUUUUCGAAAGGGUUUAAUAAGCGAGAUGAAUUUAGUUGCAUAUCCUAUACGAAUUACUUACAUAUACAUAUAUAUUAUAUAUAUCUGAACAAACUCAAUUAGCUCUGCCCGAAAUACGAACGAACGAACGAACGAUUAAACAACACAACUCAAUAGUUAUUAUUGUAUUUAUAAGCAACAAAAAAGAAGAAAUAUAUAUUCCAAAAUAUG